GCGUCAUGAAUAAUGCGCGUUGAGCGGCGCAGAGGGAGGCGCUGUCUCUUUAAGAGGCUCAGCCCUCUGCAGAAACAAUCGUACAACCCCCCAACAAGUCAUCGGACCUGUCAAUCAAACGGUCGGCGCCUUUGAAGCCGGGACUCCUCGCCUUGUCUUGGGCUCAAAUGAGCUGUUUGCUGUUGUAGCGAAACAUUGGUCUUCCACCAAGCAACCAGCCGGGGAACGACGCCACAUCUCAACUUUUUCUCUGCAUGUGGUGGGGCGAACAUUUCCCCACUGUCUUCUGGAGGCGCUCCACACUUGAGGAUACUAUUUAACUAAGAAAGUCACUUCUUUAUUCAUACUUUUCACAUUUUUUAAACAUACUUUACAAGAGGAGGUGGGGGCAAAAAGUCCAAGGUGAGGGAAGUAGUCAUGCCUCAGCUCAGUAGCGGCGGAGGAGACGACCUGGGAGCGAAUGAUGAGAUGAUAGCGUUCAAAGACGAAGGAGAGCAGGAGGAGAAAAUCCAGGAGAACGCGUUCACGGAGCGAGACCUGGCCGACCUCAAGUCCUCUCUGGUGAACGAGUCGGAAAUAAAUCAAAGUCCGACCUCGGCGGCGGUCAGACGGGGACAGCAGGGCGAGCAGAGGGUCUACCAGGACAAACACCGAGAGCAUCUCGACGGAGUGUCAAAGCAACAAGAUGGAGGCAUGUACAAGUCGCCGGCGUAUCCCGGGUAUCCGUUCCUGAUGCUGCCGGACCCGUACCUCCCCAACAGCUCGGUGUCUCCAUCUUCCAACAAAGUGUCGGUGGUUCAGCAAUCCCACGGGAUGCAUCCGCUGACGUCUCUGCUGCCCUACAGCAACGACCACUUCAGCCCCAGUCCGCCUCACCUGCCCACAGACAUGAGCCAGAAGACAGGCGUUCACAGGCACCAAUCCCAGGACCUCUCAGGGUACUACUCCCUUCCUCCAGGUGGCGUUGGUCAGAUCACUCCCUCCAUGAGCUGGCAGAGCCAGCCGGUCUACCCGGCCCUGUCCCCUUGUGGAUUCAGGCAGCCCUACUCCUCCAGUCUCCCCAGCGCAUCGUCCUACUCCAGGUUCCCUCACUCUUUGAUGCUCGGACCGUCAGGCGUGCAUCCGACAGGGAUCCCCCAUCCGGCUAUAGUGCCCUCUUCAGGCAAGCAGGAGCAUGAUCAGUACGACAGAGGCAUGUACAUGAAGCCGCAGGUGGAGGUCAAGCGGGAGAAGGAGCCCAAGAAACCGGUCAUCAAGAAGCCGCUGAACGCAUUCAUGCUCUACAUGAAGGAAAUGAGGGCAAAGGUCAUCGCCGAGUGCACGUUAAAGGAGAGCGCCGCUAUCAAUCAGAUUCUGGGACGGAGGUGGCACGCUCUGACCCGGGAGGAGCAGGCCAAGUACUACGAGUUGGCCCGGAAAGAGAGACAGCUCCACAUGCAGCUCUACCCGACCUGGUCUGCCAGAGACAACUACGAGGCGGGCCUUAGCGGGGUCGCAGGGGAAAAGAGUAAAGCUGAUUGGGGAAAGAAGAAGAGGAGAAAACGGGAGAAGCAGCAGGACUCCAACACAGACCCGGGCUCUCCUAAGAAAUGCCGGGCUCGCUUCGGCCUCAACCAACAAACGGACUGGUGCGGUCCCUGCAGGAGGAAAAAGAAGUGCAUUCGCUACCUUCAAGGAGGAGGCUGCCCCAGCCCAUCUUCUUCAGAUCUAAGUGCUAUAGACUCGCCCCCGUCCCCGUGUCCCGCGCGCCUGCGCCUCUACCGGCAGGCGCCCCCGUCCCCGCCGCCCUCCCCCUCCACGCGCCGCUCCUCACACACGCGCUCGAACCCCCGCUUCCCGUCGGAGCAGUCCGCCGGCAAGCAGGCGGACCUCUGCCACCUCGUCCCGACCGCGACCCUGGAGCUGUCGGCCAAGCAGGCGCUCUGCUCCUCGGCGCUGUCCGCCGCCAAGGUGGCGGGACUUUCUCUCAAAGUGCUAACAGAGACUCACUGAUCGCCGCGGCCCUCCCGCCUCGCUACUCUCCUCCUCGGCUCCCCAGAGGAAGGAAGAUCCUCCUGGUCGCCUCCCUUCACCUUUCAUCCUCCGGUGCUGAUUUUCCAAACGUUUCCGUUUCCAACGUGAGAGCAACACGGCUAAAGCUGUUCACCUUGUGUUUAACGCUUCAGAGGCCUGUCACCGUUACUGAUAAAUCCACAGCUCGCGUGUGACGUCACACUUCCUGGAACUUCAUAGCUGACAGCCAUCUUGGUAGGCAGUUGCUAUGACAACAACAAACAAGCCAGGAGCUUAGAAUUAGCUCUCGCCUUGUUGCUAUCUAACUUAUAAAAAUAUUACUUUACAACUUCUUGAGUCCUCUACCCUCCUCUGUGUAAUACGAAUAUAAAUAUUUACUAUAGUUCUUAUUGCUGAACUGGCUAUGUUAGCUUGGCUAACGUAGCUUUUAUUGGCUAAGACGGAGAUGUAGCCUACGUACAUGUACUCACUCUGCCAGCCUCCAGAACCUUGUUCUUCACAUGAAGAGUUCUUCAGUCCUUUAUAAAUCCCUUUAAACGUUGGUUGUAUGAAGCUCCUCCCUGCUGUAAACACUUCCUGUUCACUAGUUAGUGAACUCUGUCACAGCAGAUCAGUGGCAGCUUCUCCACGUCGUCUGACGUGUUUCCAUCCCAUCAGCAGACAUUUUGUUCUUUUUUUUUUUCUUGCAUGCUGGUCAGGAGUGUCUAUAAACUUUCAUUUUGUUGACUUUGCCUACCAAGAUGGCGGCGAUCACUUCAGGUCAGACUUGUGGAAAGAUAAAUUGUCCCAGAAGUUAUUGCAAUAAAUGAUGAUAUUCUUGUUUUGAGACCAUUUACAACCUAAACAACCUAAUGGCAUAAUAAUAAUGCAAGAACAGAUCAAUAAACUUUCAAUUCUAAUGAACUAGAACUGGAAGACAUUUUAAAUAUCUAAAAUAAAUAAAGCAAAGAAGAGAAACAGAUGAAAAUAAUCAUGAAUUCACUGUAAACAAAAGCAUCAGACUGAAGACUUAACAUCCAGUGUUCGGUAGGAAAAUGAUAAAUUAUGCAAAUGGAGAUUAUUGAGUUCAUUUUAAUGUGAUUUAUUGAUUAUUGUGAACGGCCUGCUGACAGGCACAAAUGAUUAUUGAUUAUAUGAUCAAUUAUUAUCAUAUGUUAAAUUAUUUUUCAGACUUCUUCCAAGACUGAACUUCAUUUUGGCAACAUUCAAGAGUAUCGGAGAAAUGUGUCUAAAAUAGAAACAGCACAUUUUAACUAUUUGUUUGUAUUUUUAUUGGUCCGUCACAUACACUCCUGUUAAAAUAUAUUGAUUUAUAAUGUGGCAAAAGGUGGAAAAGACUUUUUAUAAUCUUCUUGUUUUGGCUCAAACCGUUUGAGUUCUGGUCGGUUUUUGUUUCUGGACGGUUCCUCCUCAAGUUGGUCCUCACUUUGUAACCUUAAGAUGAAUUAUUCAUGUUUUCAUGUCAGUAUCUCUUCUGGACCCGUCCGACCAGCAGGACCUCCGAUUCCUGGGAAAAGUAUUUCUGUCUCUUAUGUUUGUAUUUCCAGAGGUCAAACCGACUCCCAGCUCACUUCCUUUAGCACUUUUAGGCUUCUAUUCUCCAGCUUCACUGUUACAUUUUUACAUUUUGUUUUUUACUUUUUCGUGUAUAAAUCUCAUGUCAUUUUUAAGGUCAUAUGUUUCUUUAAGAUUUGUUUUGUUUUUUUUUCUUCUCUGCAGCUCCGCAAACUAAUCUGUGACCGAUGGGUACUAUUAUAUUGCAUUGUCUUGUAAAGUUUUAUAUUAUAAUAAAUAACUUUUGUAUGUUUUUAUGGAAUUAAAAGGUAAAUUCUUUUUGAAAAAAAUAUUAUAGUUUCCACUUUUUUCUAAAAGCAAUACGUUUUUUGUCUUUUUGUGCAGAAUUUUACCUUUUUGUGGUCCAGUAUUACUGCAGAAGCCUUCAAACUAUAUUUUGUUGUCAGUCGGUGCAUGUUCCAACUGUAAUGUUACAUUUCGAGACAGGUUUUCAUUUCACCGUUUUCUCGCAGCUUCUGCCUCAGUAAGUGUAGCUUGAGCUUUUUACCAUUCUUCUCCAGCAGAUGGCGCUGUUGUGGUAAAAGAAAACGUUCAGACUGCAGGCAGAAACAACUGGAAGAUGUUUUUGUACUUUCAUGCUUUGAACCCCUGAUGUAUGGUUUUUGUUUGAUGUUAUUAAAAGUGUUUUUUUUUAUGUUUA